AUGACACCCAAGAUACUCAUCAUCGGAGCAGGUGAACUUGAUCUUUCCUCAAUUCAAUCAUUUACCUCUCACCCUUCCAAACCAUCUGUAUCUGUCUUACUCCGCCCUUCGUCCAAGACUGAUCUCUCCUCUUACCCUGUCAAUAUCAUCCGCGGAGAUAUCUUUGGCCCAAUCUCGGAAGUAUCACCUCUGUUGAAAGGGUACGACGUAGUCAUUUCAGCGACGGGAUUCGCAGGUGGUCCAGGAUCUCAAAUUGAUCUAGCUAAAGCUGUGUUAGAAGCAGGUGAGAAACAUUAUUUCCCAUGGCAGUUUGGUGUGGAUUACGAUACGAUAGGGCGAGGCUCAAGUCAACCGUUAUUUGAUGAACAGUUGGACGUAAGGGAUUUACUUAGAUCACAAAGUAAAACAAAAUGGACAAUUGUAUCUACAGGUUUAUUCACCAGUUUCCUAUUCCACCCUUCCUUUGGCGUUGUCAACCUCACACCCAAUGACAAACAUGCAACGGUCAAUGCGCUGGGUAAAUAUUCAAACGCGGUCACCAUCACAUCCGCAGAAGAUAUUGGUCAAGUCACUUCUAAGAUUGUACUUGAUGAUCCAGAGGAUAUUCCUCAGGGAGUCGUGUUCAUAGCAGGUGAUACAUCCACUUUUGAAGAUGUGUACGAACAAGUCGAAAGGGUAGGAUGGAAGGUGGAUAAGAAAGUGACCACGGUAGAAGAGCUGGAAGAGAAGAGAAAGGCAGAUCCAGAUGAUUUAGGACCAAAACAUGGGUUGAUAUGGGCUAGGAAUGUAGUAGUGAGUUGGAAUUUCAAAGAUACAUGGAAUGCCAAGAAGGGUGUGGAGACGGAGAGUCUAGGUGAAUGGGUGGAUAAGAACUUGCCAAAGCCAUAA